UACUCCUUAUCUUAGAAAAAAGAGUGGGAAUGAUGCCAAUUAAUUUUACUCACAGUCUUCACGGGAUUAGAUGUGGACUAAAGUAUGUCAUCAAAAUAAAGGGCCAAACUUUUUGCACUGCAUCCACCAAAAUAACUCAAAAGAUAGGCUUCAUAGGAGACGGUAGCAUGGCAAAAGCGAUCUGCCGAGGCAUAAAAAUGAAAGGUUUAAUUCAGUACUCGCAAGUGUACGUUUCGAGCCCCUACAUAAAAAAUCUGGACAUCUGGAAGGACCUAGGAGCUAACGUUUCUACAGAUAAUUCGGUUGUGGCAAAGGAGGCCGACAUAGUAUUUUUGGCUGUUAAGCCGCAUAUUCUACAGGAAGCGGUCGGCCAAAUAAAGGACAGCCCCUUGGUCUCCAAAAUAAAAAACAAGUUAUUCAUAUCUAUCUUAGCCGGGGUAACAAUCAAGGAUCUCGAAGAGAUGCUGGGGACUUUUGAAGGGGCAAGAGUAGUGCGAGUCAUGCCAAACACCCCUGUGUUAAUAGGCGAGGGUUGUACCGUAUACGCUACAGGAACGGCGGUCACCGAUGCCGAUAAAGAACUAAUCGGAAGCCUUCUAGACGUCACAGGAUUGUGCCAACCCGUACCCGAACACAUGAUAAACGCUGUUGGAGCAGUGUCAGCUAGUGGACCAGCUUUUGUGUAUAUGUUUAUCGAAGCGCUUUCUGAUGGAGGCGUGCGAAUGGGCUUGCACAGAGAAAUGGCGACAAGAUUUGCCGCACAAACGGUUAUGGGUGCAGCGAAGAUGGUCUUGGAGACGAAUAAACAUAUGGGGAUUUUGAAGGACGAGGUUUGCUCUGCCGGAGGACAGACUAUCGCUGGUAUUCACGCUAUGGAACGUGGUGCUGCCAGGGCUGCUAUAAUGGAUGCUGUGCAAGCUGCCGCUUUGAGAGCCGUAGAACUCGGAAAGCAAAGUAAAAAGAAUUAGGCGUUGACGUUGGUGGAAUCAUAUCGACAAUAAGUAUUAACAGAAUAGUAGUUUGUGUAUUUACAACCGAGUAAAAUUUGAGUAUAAUCAUUGUAUAAGUAUUUACUUAUACAAUGGUAUAAUAAUAUUAGAUGGCGCUGUGGUGCACUUUCAAAAAAUCCUAGGUGGCCUUGUUCGUAGUAUAACAGGGAUUUUUUCGGGAGUGUCGCCAUCUGUUGUUGAAAUACAUAAGCAACCAUAGGAAGGUCAUAGUUAAAAAUAAGUAAAAUUGUAUUACUAUGAAAACUUAUGAAAAAAACAAAAAGCAUUCCCUUCAUUUUGAAAAAGAAACCUAAACGUUUACAAUAAAUGUAAGUAAUUCGCUCGAUUAUUUAAUAUAAAUUUAUUAUUAUUCAUUUUG